CAAGGCAAGACCUUCCCCGAGCAAAAGGAUUACAGCUUGCUUUAGUGCCGUGUUCUGGAAGCUGAGGGAUGACGUGAUGGGUGAUGAUGGAUCGAGGAAGAGGGAGAGACAGAGCAAGAACUACAAGGCAAUUUGCCUGGAAUUGAAGCCAGAGCCGAUCAAAACAUGUGAAUACAAAAGAAUUAAACCAGAAGGGCCAUUUACCAAAACGGGAGGGACGAGGGAGCUAAAGAAUGAUCUCAGGGAGGUGAGAGAAGAGCUCAAGGAAAAGAUGGAGGAGAUAAAACAGAUAAAAUGUGUAAUGGACAAGGAUUUUGAUAAACUCCAAGAAUUUGUGGAGAUUAUGAAGGAAAUGCAGAAAGAUAUGGAUGAGAAGAUGGAUGUUUUAAUAAAUAUACAGAAAAACAGCAAGCUUCCCCUUAGAAGAGGACCAAAGGAGCAUCAGGAACUCAGGCAGAUAGGAAAGCCUGACACAGACUCACAGCACCGGCUCAAGAAACUGGAGGGAGUUGAAGGAGCAUCGCUUUCUAUUCACAAGAAGAAUAUGGCACUACAGAAACUCAAAAAGGACCCACUGGACUCCCUUCAUCAACGUGGGACCUGCUAUGAGAAAUGUAUGUUGUGUGCCCUAAAGAACAACCACAAUCAGGGCAGGAGACUUCCACACCAGGGCUGGGCACCCUCCUCAUCCUUGGCAUCUGGAGCUGCAUUCUGAUGUACCUGUGCUUCAACCUCUACAUGACCGAGGACAUGCUUCCAACUUAGUGCUGCCAUGGAACCCACCAGAGCUCCAGUUCCUCCUCCCCCAACUCCUUGAGCUGUACAGUAGAGGCUUGUUGCCCCUUCCAUACCACCCCGCCCCAGGCCUCCCGCCACCCGGAUUAAAAUCUUCAUUGAAAGCCAAA